AUGGCUGGAGCCAGUGCGGCCUGCUCCAUGGCCGCCGGAGCUUGCUGCGCCUGCCCAUCGUCUUCCUCCUCACUUUUCCCCAACCACCGUCCUAGUCCUCGGCGCCACGCCCGCAUCAUGUGCAGCAGCAGCAGCAGCAUGCACGGGUACGGCUACGACAGCAGCUCCCUUCCGUCCUUGUCCCUGCCAUUCCCAAUCCCAGCGCCGCGCGGCGUCACCAGCACCAGCAGCGGCAGCCGUCUGCGCAUCUUCUCCGGCAGCGCCAACCCGGUGCUGGCGCAGGAGAUCGCGUGCUACCUUGGGAUGGAGCUGGGCAAGAUCAAGAUCAAGCGGUUCGCGGACGGCGAGAUCUACGUGCAGCUGCAGGAGAGCGUGCGCGGCUGCGACGUGUUCCUGGUGCAGCCCACCUGCCCUCCAGCCAACGAGAACCUCAUGGAGCUCCUCAUCAUGAUCGACGCCUGCCGGAGGGCCUCCGCCAAGAACAUCACCGCCGUCAUCCCCUACUUCGGCUACGCCAGGGCCGACAGGAAGAUGCAGGGCCGCGAGUCCAUCGCCGCCAAGCUGGUGGCCAACCUCAUCACGGAGGCCGGCGCCCACCGCGUGCUGGCCUGCGACCUCCACUCGGGCCAGUCCAUCGGCUACUUCGACAUCCCCGUGGACCACGUCUACGGCCAGCCCGUCAUCCUCGACUACCUGGCCAGCAAGACCAUCUGCCCCAACGACGUCGUGGUGGUGUCGCCGGACGUGGGAGGGGUGGCCAGGGCGCGCGCCUUCGCCAAGAAGCUCUCCGACGCGCCGCUGGCCAUCGUCGACAAGAGGCGGCAGGGACACAACCAGGCCGAGGUGGUGAACCUCAUCGGUGAUGUCAGGGGAAAGGUUGCCGUCAUGGUGGACGACAUGAUCGACACGGCCGGGACCAUCUCCAAGGGCGCCGAGCUGCUGCACAAGGAGGGAGCGCGAGCUGUGUACGCCUGCAGCACCCACGCGGUCUUCAGCCCACCCGCGCUGCAGAGGCUCUCCAGCGGCCUCUUCCAGGAGGUGAUCAUCACCAACACCGUGCCGGUGCAGCACCUGCACAGCUUCCCGCAGCUCACCGUCCUCUCCGUCGCCAACCUCCUCGGCGAGACCAUCUGGCGUGUUCACGACGAUUGCUCCCUCAGCAGCAUCUUCAAGUGA